AUGGAAGGAACUGUGAAGAUGAUUAUGGUGAACAUUAUGAUCCUAGGAGUGUUUUUUCAGUUCGUUUCGAUAAGAGCCCAGAACAGAUUUAUCGGAGAUCACGCAGAAGAUGCAAUUGACUUGCCUCAAAUAGAAUGGCAAGCUGACGAGAUAGUGCUGGGAUAUCGUGAAACGUGGAAUGUUACUUGCAAGUGUCAUAAGCCUAUCGUCUGGAAAUCAUUUGACGGCGAGUACAAAUGGGACCCUCCUAACGUCAUUGUUUCCAUCUACAACACAAUGGAUCUCAAUAUGCCUUUUGGGAGCAUUCUUACAUCAGCAUCGAUGGUUGGCCGGUACUACUGUGUUCAUUCCGAGAAGGAACAGGAAGAUCUAUCCGAGUUGGUAACUGAAGACAUGGCGAGCAGCAUCUACGUGUAUGUUGAAGACCCCUAUCAACUGGUGGUGCCAGAUCCUGUUAAAUAUUACAACAAUACAGAGGGAGUUCUUGUUCUCUGCAAACCGUCGUAUCCGGAAGUAUUUCUGGAAUUGUGUGACAAAACAUCCAAUGAAUGUAGCGUGACUUCAGAUCCAACGAAAGGAUUCUUCAUUCCAGAUAAUUUUGACACUGGUUCUACCGAGUUUUAUUGCAAAGUUAAUGGCAUGAGCUAUACUGCUUAUCCUGGCGGAUCUAUUGACGAUGGAUUACUAAAACCUACUAUCGUCAGCAAUGUCGGGGAUAUUGUCCCUUUCAGCAAAUCCGUUCGUCUGACCUGCAGCUUCGAGUGGCCUGUGGAUAUAAACAUUCAAAUUUCGUGGAAAACGCUUCCAAAUUACGAACCUGCCGAGAUAGACAAAACUAUCUCAGUGGGAAACCAAACUAAAUCUCGCAGUUUUUGGAGCCGAACGCUGGUUUUCAAGCGUGACCUCUUUAUUCAAAACGCUACCCUGACGCACCAAAGAACCUAUCGUUGCGAAGCGAAUGACGAUAAAAACAAUUCCUACUAUCACAAUUUCAGACUGCAAGUGCGCGAAACGCCUGAUGACUUCGUCAUACUGCGCGCAUCCCACAACCAAACAGUCAUUCAUCGCAGAGUUAACAGUAAUGGGGAAAUGUUACCGAUUGAAAUCAUAAUUCAUUAUAAAAGUUAUCCCGCCCUGUCCAAUAUCAAAUCCUAUGAAUGGUCCAGGGAAGAUGCAGCCAUGAUAAUAAGCAACGGCGAUUAUAAACAUAAUGUGACCGCAGAUUAUAUAAACCUGAGAAUCAAUCAGCCGACUAUCCAAAAUUCAGAUAUCUAUACGCUUGUGGUUGUCGCAGGAACUGCGAAAGCAGAGUACAACAUAUCUAUUUUCGUUCACGAUAAACCUUUGCUGAAUAUGCACAAUUUAAUGGCGGUUAAAGGCGAGGUCGUUGACUUCCUGUGUGCAAGCGUGGCUUAUCCGUCACCGGAAAUGUGGUUCUUUUUCCAGCCGUGUAACGAGGUACCCUGGGGAAACUGUUCGAUGGUAAUUGAUACAGAAACUGAAUGGCAAGAAGGAACCCAGGAGACCAAAUCGCUUAUCUGGUCAGCAGUAUCGUACAAUCAAAUCACCGAUGAACCUGGAAUCGUACUCUGCAAGGCCAACAAUUCCGAAGGAAUUACAAUGACGCAGGCAUAUUUAUUGUUGGAAGACAUUUCUGAUUCUAUGCGGCUGGAAAUAAUACAGCCUCAUGGGUCAAUUACAGUUGGAGACAAUGUUACAUUCGUUUGUUCCACAGUUAAUACAGCAACAAACACCGUUGACGUGAUAUUCGAGCACAAUGGAAGGGACGACGAAGUCAUCGAGAUGCAUGAAGAAUCGCUGAUCCACAUAGCACAACUUACCCUUUUAAAUGUUGGUCUAAAUCACACGGGAGAUGUUUACUGCCAUGUAAUCUUCUUAGAUAAUCAUAAACCGUCAGAGAAAAGAUUCAUUCACAUGGAAGUGAUAGAACCAAUCGCCCCGCAGUUGCGUUCUGGUGAAAUCAAUCAGACUCUAACCGUUGAUGUACUUCAAACGCUUCAACUGGUUUGUGAUGUCAUUGGAGCACCUGAACCUAUGAUAACCUGGUUGAAAGAUGGACAACCAUUUGUAUACAGCAUGAACAAUCCAACAAACACAACAUCCAUCACAAUUCCAUAUGCAACUCCUACGCACUCGGGGCUUUAUGAAUGCAGUGUUGAAAAUAAAAAAGGAAACAUAACGAUAACCAGGAACGUUAUCAUACAAAGCACCCAAUGGGAUCAGCCAAUAACGUAUGUUGCGGUCAUAUUUUUUAUACUGACAAUAGUGUUUGCGUUAACCUCGUUGUGUUUCUACAAAAAGAUGAAACGGGCGUCUGGUGUAUCACAUUUAAACGAACCAUUAAUAGCAAAAUGA